AUGAGUGAAGGGGCGGCCGCUGCCUCGCCACCUGGAGCCGCUUCGGCAGCCGCCGCCUCGGCCGAGGAGGGCACCGCAGCGGCUGUGGCUGCGGCGGCGGCGGCGGCGGCGGCGGCGGGCGGGGGCCCGGACGGCGGCGGCGAAGGGGCGGCCGAGCCCCCCCGGGAGUUACGCUGUAGCGACUGCAUCGUGUGGAACCGGCAGCAGACGUGGCUGUGCGUGGUGCCUCUGUUCAUCGGCUUCAUCGGCCUGGGGCUCAGCCUCAUGCUGCUCAAAUGGAUCGUGGUGGGCUCCGUCAAGGAAUACGUGCCCACCGACCUGGUGGACUCCAAGGGGAUGGGCCAGGACCCCUUCUUCCUCUCCAAGCCCAGCUCCUUUCCCAAGGCCAUGGAGACCACCACCACGACCACUUCCACCACGUCCCCAGCCACCUCCGCCGGCGGCGCCGCCUCUUCCAGGACGCCCAACCGGAUUAGCACCCGGCUGACCACCAUCACGCGGGCGCCCACUCGCUUCCCCGGGCACCGGGUGCCCAUCCGGGCCAGCCCGCGCUCCACUACGGCACGGAACACUGCGGCCCCCCCGACGGUCUUGUCCACGACAGCCCCUUUCUUCGGUAGCAGCACUCCGGGCUCCCGCCCCCCGGUGCCAGGAACCCCCAGUACCCCGGCCAUGCCCUCCUGGCCCACUGCGGCAUACGCUACCUCCUCCUACCUUCAUGAUUCUACUCCCUCCUGGACCCUGUCUCCCUUUCAGGAUGCUGCCUCCUCCUCGUCCUCCUCCUCGUCUUCCUCCUCUACCACCACCACGCCAGAAACUAGCACCAGCCCCAAAUUUCAUACGACGACAUAUUCCACUGAGCGAUCUGAGCACUUCAAACCCUGCCGAGACAAGGACCUUGCCUACUGUCUCAAUGAUGGCGAGUGCUUUGUGAUCGAAACCUUGACCGGAUCCCAUAAACACUGUCGGUGCAAAGAAGGCUACCAAGGAGUCCGCUGUGAUCAAUUUCUGCCGAAAACUGAUUCCAUCUUAUCGGAUCCAACAGACCACUUGGGGAUUGAAUUCAUGGAGAGUGAAGAAGUUUAUCAGAGGCAAGUGCUGUCAAUUUCAUGUAUCAUCUUUGGAAUUGUCAUCGUGGGCAUGUUCUGUGCAGCAUUCUACUUCAAAAGCAAGAAACAAGCUAAACAAGUUCAAGAGCAACUGAAAGAGCCACAUAACGGUAAAAACUACAGUCUCAAAGCAUCCAGCACAAUGGCAAAGUCGGAGAACUUGGUGAAGAAUCAUGUCCAGCUGCAAAACUAUUCAAAGGCGGAAAGGCAUCCCGUGACUGCAUUGGAGAAAAUGAUGGAGUCAAGUUUUGCCGGCCCCCAGUCAUUCCCAGAGGUCCCUUCUCCCAACAGAGGAAGCCAAUCUGUCAAACACCACAGGACUCUCUCCUCUUGCUGCAGCCCAGGGCAAAGGAGUGGUAUGCUCCAUAGGAAUGCCUUCAGAAGGACACCCCCCUCACCCCGAAGUAGGUUGGGCGGAAUCGUGGGACCAGCAUAUCAGCAACUCGAGGAAUCAAGGAUCCCAGAUCAGGAUACGAUACCUUGCCAAGGGAUAGAGGUCAGGAAGACUAUAUCCCACCUGCCUAUACAGCUGUGGUGUGUUGAAAGAUCCCUGGACUUAAAGUAUUCAUCCAGUGGUUUAACAACCCAACAAAAUGCAUCAAUAAAUAUGCAACUGCCUUCAAGAGAGACAAACUCCUAUUUUAAUAGCUUGGAUCAAACGGACCUGAUGGGAUAUUCAUCCCCAAGGGCCAGUUCCGUGCCCAUCAUCCCCUCAGUGGGUCUAGAGGAAACCUGCAUGCAAAUGCCAGGGAUUUCUGAAGUCAAAAGCAUCAAAUGGUGCAAAAACUCCUACUCUGCUGAUAUUGUCAAUGUGAGUAUUCCAGUCAGCGAUUGUCUUAUAGCAGAACAACAAGAAGUGAAAAUAUUGCUAGAAACUGUCCAGGAGCAGAUCCGAAUUCUGACUGGUGCCAGGCGGUCAGAAGACUAUGAACUGGCCAGCGUAGAAACCGAGGACAGUGCGAGUGAAAACACAGCCUUUCUCCCCCUGAGUUCCACAGCCAAAUCAGAACGAGAGGCCCAAUUUGUCUUAAGAAAUGAAAUACAAAGAGACCCUGCAUUGACCAAGUGACC